AUGGGGAACUUUAAUAAGCUUUCAGUGAAAUUAAUCUCCAACAUCUUAACACGUUUACCAACUGAGACAGUUCUAGACUGCAAGUUGGUCUCCAAAUCAUGGAAUAAUGUCAUCAGUCGUCAACAAUUUUCUCAGUCUCACUUGGAUCACUGCCUUAACAAUCUUGAUUCUGCUGGUGCUUCUGAUGGUAAGUUCACUUUCCUUUUUGUGAAUGAUAAUCUACUUGAUGCAUACAGACAGUUUCAUUACUUAGAAUAUGCUGAGAAUUCUUCUUCAGAGGAACAACCCUUUCAUAGACUUACAAGAAUGAAACUAAACCCUGUUCCAUUUAAGUAUUACAGUGUUAAUAAUUCCUGUAAUGGUUUAGUUUGUCUGAAUGGAUGCUAUGAUAAUGAGGGGAAGAAUUAUGAACCAGUUUAUAUCUGUAAUCCCAUCACAAGAGAAUUUGUGUAUCUGCGAGCAUUUAAGAGAUCUGGUCGUGGUAAACGAUUGUUGACUGGAUUCGGUUAUGUUUCUAAGACAAAUGAGUACAAGGUUGUUAGAUUGUUUAAAUUGUUGAAAGAACCCGAUUCUGUACAUGUUGAGGUGUACACACUUGGAAGUGGCAAGGGAUGGAGGAACUUAGGGAAGAAAUUCGACAUAGGCCUGGAUUCGUUUGUUUCUGUACGUGGUGGUGGGAUGGUUGGCAGUGGAUUUCCAUGCAUCUUUUGGCAGCUGAAAAAUGGCAAAGUUGUGGGUUUUGAUUUGUUUUGUGAAAUAAUGUAUGAAAUACCUACAAAUUUUCACACUACUUGGGCUUAUAAACUUGGGGUUUUAGGGGGUUCUUUGUCGGGUACCUACUAUGAUGAAGAAACCAAUACUUAUGAGAUAUUGCUACUGAAGCAGGCGAAGAAAAAUGGGUCAUUCAAAUGGACUGAAGAGUUUCGUCUAAGCGGCACCGAUGCUCAUGAGUGGCUUGGCCUGACGUGUAGGGAUAUACUUCUAUGUCGCUCAAAGACAAAGGUCCUGAUUCAUGACCUGAAUUCUUUAUCUUCAAAACUGCUUGUGGAUUUUGGCAGGGAUAAAAGUAUAUUUCAAGCAAUCCCACAUAUGAACACCUUGGUUUCACUAAAAGCAUUAGGAGAAGAAAAUACAAAGACAAUGGAAACAGCUGACGUGCCAAGAAAGGUAGGUGAAGAAUACAAGUCCCAGUUUGAAAAGCAAAUGGAAGGAUUCAAUCAAAUGCGUGUGCAGUAG